UAAACAACCAUCGAUACCAUAGAUGGUUUUGCAGCCCUACACUAUACAUAGAAUAUUUUUAUUGAGAGCCAACAAACAAAAAUAAACAAAAAGAAUGACUACGGAGGAAUUACCAGCUAAUCUUGACAAGUUGAAAAUAACGCCAACACACCCUAUUUUCAAAUCAGUAAAAAGGAACCCAUUCUACAAUUCAGACAAUGAUUUUAAACUGUCAAAUGCGGAUAACUUUGAACAAAUACUUAGCGUCAAACACAAAAUGGUACAUCGCUGGAAGUGUAAACCUAGGCGUCGAUCCGAGAGCUGCCUUGAGAAUUGUACGCAACAAAAGUCUUUUGUUCAAACGGAAUCUUUUAUAAUAACAAGUCCAGCAAGUCACUCGCAUGGUGUUAAAAAGCUUGCACAAAGAAAAUAUAUCGCCCCUACCAAGAAAUAUCUUUUUCGGCAACCUAUACUUAAGACUUUAUUUGGUUGUGAACACGGAAGGAGUCUUGUUCGAAGUCAAAAAAUGUUUCUUUUAAACGCAGAAAAAGAAACACAUAGCCAAAUUCAAACUAAAAAGUCAAACUUUAAUAUAGGCGACCCUUGCAGUUUCCGCGAUCUUAUCAGUGAAUGCGAUUUAUUGCUGGACCAAACAAAGAAAUCAACUUUGGGUAAUCGACUUGUAUCAAACAAAUGCAGCAAAUAUAAAACAAUUUCAAGAAAAAAAGAAAUCAAUUGUAGACUGCUGUCAAUGAAGGAACGCAACGCUUUUACAAUAUCUGCAUCUAAGAGAUCACUAUCAGUUUCACUUAUGGGAACAACAUGCUCUCAGCAAGCUUGUUAUAAUACGACAACCCCAAGCAACUGUGACGAUGUAACGAUAUCAGAAUUGGCUAGCUAUUUUGAUACUAUGGUGCAUAUUCCAAAAAAAAUGUCUUCAAUGGCUGAAAUGAUGUAUAUAUAAUUUUGUACCAACCAUUUAGUUGUAUAUGUCUGUAGAUAUACUCUAGUAAGCAUACAUACGUAUGUAAAUAUGUAUAGAUUUGUAUACUAAUAAAAUUACAUUAUUUCUCGGUUUAUAGUA